UACGGAUUGAGCAGAUUCGGUUGAUGGGGUACAACCCAGACGGGACCAUUUAUUAUGAGGUGAUUGACGACCCAGCGAGAAACUGGGUCCUCCCGAGGGGUAAGAAGGUUGUAUUGCAGUACAAUGCUGCUAUACAACCUGUAGGACGGGCCUGCAAUCGAUUUCGGCGGGCUGAGGGCAAGAUGAUCAGGAGUGGGUCCUACAUACACAUGCGGGACGAAUGGGCGAAGGUAAAUAGGCAGAUUAAGCAGGCAAUGUGGGACGCGCUGAUGGAGGAGUUCUAUGUACCUGUAUCAGUAGACGCGCGCAGGGCACAACAGGAGGCUUUAUGUGAUAUUGGCCGUAAGCACCGCUCGUGGAAGUCGAGGUUCAAAACCAAACUACGUAUUAGAGACGGUGACACGCCCGAGAUUAUCCGUGCGAGAAUGCCGGACAAUUUUUUUGGCAACUAUGACGCAGAAGAUGUAGAGUUCCUGCUGAGAGAUUGGUGCCGUGAGCAAAAAAUCGUAUGUAGGCCAAGAAAAUGUUGUGGUUUUUUAAUAACAGUUUAUUUAAUUUUAGUUUUAAUUUAAGUGUGUCAAUGCUUACAUUUUUAUUUUCAUGUUAAAUGC